GCCACGCACGAAGAGGCCCCGGACGGUCCGGGGCGCGCCUUAAAAGCGCGCACCACACCAACAUGGCGUGCAUUGCGAACCGUGCUUUCGUCCCCGAGCCCUGCAGCGAACCGCUCUCAGCACAGCGCCGGAAAGAUGAAGUCGAUGAUCACGUUGGUCUCCCUCGCCGUUAUGGCGGCCGUAGCGUCGGCUGGCUUCCUCGGUGGUGGUUACGGAGGUUACGGCGGCUACGGAGGGUACGGAGGCGGCUACGGUGGACACGGAGGCGGCUACGGAGGCGGCUAUGGAGGAUACGGUGGAGGCUACGGUGGAUACGGUGGAGGCUACGGUGGAUACGGUGGUGGCUACGGCGGCUACCCUGCUGGCCGAGCGUUCUCUUACUCCACCCACAUUCAGCACCCGUCAUCGUAUGGCGGCUACGGUGGAUACGGAGGACACGGUGGAUACGGAGGAUACGGUGGCUACGGAGGAUACGGUGGAUACGGCGGCUACGGACGGGGUCUUGGUUACGGCUAUGGACAUGGCCACGGUCAUGGCCACGGAUACCACGGCUGA